AAGUGGAUCGGAAAAUGGAUGGACGGAUGUUAUGAUUCUUUUUUUUCUUUUUUGGGUGAUACACCAGGUUGCAUGUCAUGUGACCCUCAUCAGGGAAUUGCCCUCAGGUGCGCUGUCUCUAAUUAAUAAAAACAGGUGAGCCCAGGUGUGCAGGUGCCCACUCAACACGGAGGAACUUGGUCGUGUGUCAUGUGCCAACUUUAACGUUGUGUAGAAAUAAAACUCUGCUUAUGAAAAGGCUUAUUGACUGAGCUAUUUCUUUCCAGUCACCUGGAUUUUCCUCUGCCUGACUGAGACUUGGACUGGUGCCGGUGACGGCCAUGCGGCGAGGGGUGCUGCACUCGACGGGAGCCAGCAGCUGGCCACGCCCCCCUCUGCCCGAGCACCGUGAGCCUUUGACUCCGUGAAGACCAGGUGACAUCGGUGAUGUCAUGAAUAAAUUUGAGGUCCUUGGGAUUGUGGGUGAAGGUGCCUAUGGAGUCGUUCUCAAGUGCAGACACAAGGACACCAACGAAAUUGUGGCGAUAAAGAAAUUCAAAGACAGCGAAGAAAAUGAGGAGGUCAAAGAAACGACACUGCGGGAGCUCAAGAUGCUGCGCACGCUCAAGCAGGAGAACAUCGUGGAGCUCAAAGAGGCGUUCCGGCGGCGAGGGAAGCUCUAUCUGGUCUUUGAGUACGUGGAGAAGAACAUGCUGGAGCUGUUGGAGGAGCUGCCCAACGGCGUGCCCGCCGAGAAGGCACGCAGCUACAUCUAUCAGCUGAUCAAGGCCAUCCACUGGUGCCACAAGCAUGACAUCGUUCACCGAGACAUCAAGCCGGAGAACCUUCUCAUCAGCUCCGACGACAUCCUCAAGUUGUGCGAUUUUGGCUUCGCACGGAAUCUUUCCGAGGGAACGGACGCCAACUACACAGAGUACGUGGCCACGAGGUGGUACCGCUCUCCGGAGCUCCUGCUCGGGGCUCCUUACGGCAAGGCGGUGGACAUGUGGUCGGUGGGCUGCAUCCUGGGAGAGCUGAGCGAUGGACAGCCUCUCUUCCCGGGCGAGAGCGAGAUCGACCAGCUCUUCACCAUCCAGAAAGUUCUGGGACCACUUCCUCCGGAGCAGAUGAAGCUCUUCUACAGCAACCCUCGCUUCCAUGGGCUGCGGUUCCCUACUGUAAACCACCCACAAACCUUGGAGCGGCGCUACCUGGGAAUCGUCGGCGGAGCCCUGCUGGACCUGUUGAAGAGUCUUCUUUUACUCAACCCUGCCGAGCGCUUCCUGACGGAGCAGAGCCUCAACCACCACGCCUUCCAGACCCUGAGGCUGGUGGAGCGGCCCGGGCCCCCCACGCCAACGCCCGUGCGUUCGACCAAGCGGAAGCCUCACCAUGGCGACACCACACCCAGCAGGAGCCACGGCCUGAAGAGCUCCGGUAGCCAUCGCUCCAGCAUACGCGACUGCUCCAGCUUGCCGCGCCACGAGGACCUCCACCCCAACAGCAACAGCGGCGAGAGUGGCGGGGGCGGCGGGGGCGGCUUCCUCAACGGCAACCUGCCGGCACCAAUCAACCUGAGCCCUACGCUGCACCCCAAGAGCUACCCGUCACAGAUGUUCAACCACUCGGCCUCCUGCGCCGUGGACCUGCCCCACCUGCUCAGCCCCGCCGAGGCCAACAAGGGCGACUUCGACGUCAGCCCAGGCCCCAAAGCCUCCGAUGGCCCCGGAGCCAAGUACCUCAAAUCCAACUUCCGCUCGCAGCAGCACCGUCACUCCUUCGUGGAGGGCAAGACCAGCACCCUCCAGUCAACGGAGAAGCACGGCCGCCACAACUACAUGGAGGCCCCCGCGCCCAAGUUCUCCUACCUGAACUUGUCCAAGAGCUACGGCACGCUCAGCGACGCCAAGUCGGUGGGCAACCUGAACGACGUGCACCUGUACGCCGACGAGCCGGCCGGUCGCUACUUCCCCUCUAGCUGCCUGGACCUAACGGCGCCCAGCAGCCCGGCGGUGCGGCGCUCGGACCGACGGGGGAGCACGCGCACCGAGCGCGAGAGCAACACACUGGACUCGUCCUACCGACGCUCGUCGGCCCGCCACAAGGACUCACCCGACGGCCUGGACCCCAACGAGGGCGGCGAGCGGAGCCACGCGCACUCCCUGUCGGCUCCGCAUGAGCCCUACGCUCAGGGCUACAGCAGCCCCUUCUCGUCACAGCAGAGGCCUCACCGCCACUCCAUGUACGUGCGGCGGGAUCACCAGAGGACUCACGGGGGCGACGAAGGGCUGCUGGUGGGGCAGGGGGUGCCCACCCGGGCCAGCAGCCUGCAGCUGCUGUCGCCGCAGCUGCAACACCGCACGCUGCCUCGCCACUCGGCCUCCCGGGAGGAGGACAUGAGCCGGAGUGAUCAGGCCCCCACUGAGGCGGCCCCACUCAGCAGACCCCCAGUCAGGGACUCCACCAGGGACAACUUUCACACCCAGAGGCAAAAAAGCGAGGUGGGCCUCUACCACGAGCCUCAGGCCGACGAUGGCGGCGCCUCCUCCAAGGAGAACCGCAACAUCUACAGCGAGUCCAUGCCCCGCAAGGUCGGAAGCUUCUACAGAGUCCCUUCUCCUCGGCCAGACAAUUCCUUCCAUGACGGCCGCCCUCAGGUGCGAGGCUCGGCCAUGACGGGCGACGCCGGCAGCCUGGCCGCCCACUCCAAACGCCAGACCGCCUUCGACCCCUGGACGGGCCCUGACACGGUGGUGCUGAAUCCGGUCGAGCCGUCCAAGGAGAAAGAGAAGCAGGGUUUCUUCAGAGCAAUAAAGAAGAAGAAGAAAAAGCCUCAGAUGGUCCCCAGCGAGGAGGCGGUCCUGCAGAAGACGUCGCGCUCCCACCCGAGCGGUCGCCACCGCACCCGCGACAAGAGCCGAGAGCGGGAACGCGAGCGUGACAAGGAGUGGGCCGACAAGAUGGCCGAUUCACACUCACCGAGCCAACCGCUCAAGUCGCUGCGCAAACUCCUGCACCUCUCCUCAUCCUCAUCCAAUCAGACAGCGGCGUCCGACAUGCGCUACCAACCGCUGCCCAGCCCCGCCUCCGCACCCCAGGGGGCCUUCUCCGACGGGCGCGCCCACUCGGGGGUCAACACCCCGCAGGUAAAGAGCAGGCAGUCGGCCUACCCGCAGCUGGAACCCGGCUGGCACGCCGGCAACCCGUACCCCGAGCAGAUGGCCGUCAAAGGGGGCCAGAACGGGCAUGGCUUCGGGCGCCCCUCCAGGUCCCGCAUGGGCAACCUCAACGAUCUGAAAGAGACGGCGCUGUGAACCAAGGUCGCAAAGGAAGUACUGAACUCACUCACGCCCCUCGGGUGGACUCCCCAACACUUCCUGACACCUACCACCGCACAUAUACACUUUAUCCAUACGUAGACCGAGUACAUACACUUUCUAUACACAUACACAUGCGUACAUGUACGUACACACACGUUCAUACACGUACACAUACAUUUUUGUAAAAAAAAUGGAUUGUCUUUGUCUUCAUGGGACCUCAAUACAGUAUUAGUCAACACACAGCCAGGAUAUCUAAACUGCUGGCAACAAAAGUGAGAACACCCCGAAGUGAGAAUGUCCACAUUGGGCCCAAUUCGCAAUUUUCCCAACCCCUGGUAUCAUUUGACUCUUUAGUGUUCCAAAGUAGUCUGGAAUUGACGGAAUGAGGAGCAGGCGUGUUAAAUUUGGUGACAUUUUGUAGAUGUUGUCUCAUGAAAUGAUAAAAUAAAAUUUUUACAAAAAAUGUGAGGGGCGCACUCAUUUUUGUGAGAUACUGAGGACACACACACCGAAACAUGCAUUUAAAAUGAGCGUUGGAGAGUGGAUCAGACGGAAUGUUCACGUAAAGAGCACGCGCACAGUGCACCGCUUGCAAACGGGAGGCCAAAAGCCUUCUUGUGUCUUACUUCAUGUUUUUUUAAAGGCUUCCAAUGUUUGAUAAACAUUAUAUAAUGAUGACAAUUUGGGUUUAAAAAUAUAUAUAGACAUAAAACUCAAGUGUAUUUUUAGUUUGAAUUGAGUAGGAGAAUUAUAUUUAGUCGUGACAGACGUGGUAUUUCUUUUAUGGCAAAUCGCGUCGGCACGGUAACGUCACGUGACAUCAUUGAAAUGUAAGACACCCACACAAACAUCAGCUGAGUUGACAAUCUGUUUCAACAACUUUGGAUUUGUCCUAAUUUUUAACACAUUACUGUACAGUUACUGUGCUCUUUAGUAUUAUUAUUAUUUUCAAAAAGUACAAUAUUGUUUGUAAAAUAGCUUAGCAGGAACUCUCAAAGUUGCCACGAAGGUGUCCUCUCUGUAAAUUCUACUCGGCGACAAGAUGUGUUGGAGAAAGAAUGUGUAUUAUAUUAAUACUACUAAAGUGGGAGAUUUUGUCAUCUGCUCUUUCUUCACACGCACACACACACAUUUGUUUACAGGCGGGUCAAAGCAAACACAGUGUUACAUUUGGGAUUUUGUUACACAUUUGUAGGCUAGUCCGUCAUGUUUUUUCCUCCCCCUGCAACAAACAAAUGUGGAAUAUUCAUGUUUACAAAUGGAACAGUAAAGCUCAAAUAAAUUGCAAACUGGUUACAUUUGACACGUGUGCACAUUGUAAUUUUUGGGGGGAAUACUUGGGCCACAUUAUCAUGAAUAUGAAUCAUUUGAAAAUCAUUACGUUAUUUGUUUUUUUUC